GUUUAUUGGUAGCAACUCGAGCAUGAUUGUUGUUGUUCUAACAGAGGGGUGAUUUGUCUUAACCGAAGAAUGCAUCGUCCUAUUCUGCCAUGAAAAGUGGAUCAGAAGCAAGAUGAAUUCUUCUUUUGAUUUUCUUGAUUUGUCUACAAUGAAGGAUCCAGAUAUAAACAAUUUGGUUUCUCAUAAUCAGAACUUGGCUGUCGAGCUUGCUCAGUGUCAGGCUGACAAAGACUUUGUUUGGUCCCUAUGGAAAAAACUUCAAGUUUCUAAUCCUGAUGUCACAGAGGCUAUCUCCCUGGUCAUCCAGAGAGAAAAGGAGAAGUCAGAGGUCAAAGAUCGCAAGGUCCUGGAGAUAAUUCAAGUGAAGGAUGAUCGAAUCGAAGAGUUACAGAAUAUUGUGGCUAAGCAAGCUCAGGAGAUCAGUGAUGGUCUAGCCAAGAAAGUGGAAUUGACGGAAAAAAAUGGCCGUAUUCAAGGGGAUAAUGACAGGCUUGAGGAGAAAGUGCGAAUACUGGAGGUCCAGGUGCGGUGUGAAGAGAACAGGGAGCGAAGUUUGGAAGACAACUUUCGAAAGUCAGUGGAAGGCACAGAGAAGGAGAAAUAUGAACUCAACCGCAAAAUUACGCGACUGACUUCAGAACUGGAAGUUGCCAAGUCAGAGAAGGCACAUGCUGUAAACAGGCAAAAGAUUUUGGAAGAGAGAAUUAAGGUUCUUGAAAAAGAAGUUUCUGAGAAAAUGGUGAGGUUUGAGGAGCUUGUUCGAGAGUGUUGAAGAACCAAGAGGACGCCUUCACCGUGGAAAGCUCUUCCCUCCAGCAGAUGUUCACCGACGUCAACUCUAGAUACGAGGCUGCCAAGAGGACGGAGGCUGACCUGAGACAGCAGGUCCUGGAGUUGAAGAAGAGUUUGAUGGACAAAGACGACAUCAUAUCCUCCCUCCACACACAAGAGCCAGGAGAAAACGGGCGUGUCACUGACCAGUCUCUGUCUCCCGGCCGGGGCUCCAGGCACCAGGACUACACGGGCAGCUUUCUGGACAUUGUCCAGGAAGUCGAUGCACUGAGUGCCACCAACAGCUCAAGGACCAACCAGCAAAAAGGUCGAGGGAGGUCCCUCGGAAGAAAUCUGGAUUCCGGUGGUCUUAUUUCUCCUUCCGUGGAUGCCAACAGGUCAAGGUCACUCUCACCCCCAACCCGGGAGCGAACUUUUUCAGACAGCAGGAAAAUAGAGGAGCUGGAGAAGGCAUUACAGCUGAAGUCGAGCCAGGUGGAGGAGCUGAAGCGAGCACACGACAGUCGUCUACAGCGGCUCCAGAACCUCCAGGCGAGCUACAGGCUGGCCCGGGAGGAGAUCAAAACUUACGAAUUUGGAAACAAACCUAAGGGGAAAAAACCUAAGCCUAAACGGGCGGACCCGAGAUCCUUACAGAAGGAGAACAGUGACCAAGUGUGGAAUGAGCUGUCGUUUUUCAAGACUGAGAACAGAUCACUCCAUGUAGACAAGAUGUGCCUCCAGGAAGAGGUGGACCUGCUGAGGGUACAGACGAGCCAGGACGCGGCUCAGAUACACGAGCUCAGAGUGUCGGUGGAGGCUCAGAGAGACGAGUAUGAGUUCCAGCUGCGACGAGUCCGGCGUGAACAGAGAGGAGCGGUGGAUGCUGAGAACCAGGUGCCUGUUCUUAAGUCUCAGGUUCACAACAAAACUGUUCACAUAGAAAAACUGGAGAGAGACAUGGACAGUGUCAUAUCCCAGAGAGAGGAUUUAGUACAGGAAAAGAGCAAACUGAUGUCCCAGCUGGUGGCCACGCAGCAAGAGGCGUCGCAGCACAGGAUGGAGUUGGCUGAUGUCAAGCACCAACUGCAGAGCGCUCGGCAUGAGAUGGAGGAAAUGAAGCAAAGGUCGCCUGUGGCCACAAUGUCUGCGGAGGAGGAGGAGGAGGGGGCGCAACUGGAGUCAGGGCAGAGCAACUCGGAGGUGGUCAACGCUGUGGCCUCCAGACUGAUGGACAGAGACAGGGUCAAGAAAAAAAGGAGGCGGGGAUCUUUGGAGAAAAAGUACCAGUCUGCCUUGAACAAAGGCAUGGAGAAGAUAGCGUCGCUUUUCACCGAAGAAGGUUGGGAAGAGGUGCCGAAUUCUUCAGAUGAGGAAUUUGAAUCAGAGGCGACCAGUCUUGGAGACACCAUAGUCACCCAUUCCCAGGGCAAGCCUAGUAAAUCUAUUAGUAGAUUUGCUGUUGAUAAAAAUGGAAAGAAGAUAAUUAAGCCGCGGAGAGUUCCAACCAGCCGCCCGCCCAACCGCAAGAAAGCCCAGAGUGAUGAGAGUCCCAGUGCAAAGUGCCAGUCUCCGCCUCGGGCCAGGUCAACACAUGACCAUGUCCAGCUCCGAGAGUUUGCCACAUCUCCCAUCGCAUUUCUGAGCGCUUCGUCCUCCUGUUCACCGCGAGCACAACCACCAGCCACAUUUCAGACGUCCGCGACCAGCACCACCACCACCGCGCGGGCCGAACCGUUACGCACAAACACGACUACAGCAAGACCUCUCCGACGCACCACGGCCGACAGCAGGCAACUGGCCAGUCUACGCCAGAGGGUGUCGCAUCUCCAGCAGCAGGUCUCCAUCCUGAAAAAGGCGAAGAUGCUGGCGGUCCACAGUGAGGAGAUGCUGAAGGAGAGCUUGACCAAAGCCCAGGGAGAGCUGACCUCUGUCUCCACGCGUCUCAAGGUCUCCAAACAGCAUGCUCAGAAACUUCAACUUGAUUUGGAAAAGCUUCAGAAGGAAAAGCAAGAUUUGGAGACAGGUGCUCGGAACAAACACGAUGGGAGAUUGGAAACAGGAGCAGACUUCCCAGAAAUGAAAGUUCUGGAAGCCAAGUUGAAGGUGGCGACCAGUGAGGUGUCUAGACAGUCUGCUUCUCUGAGGAGUGCAAAGACAGAGAACGACAGCUUGCAGGAGCAAGUGAGGAGUUUGCAAGACAGAAUCAACCAUCUGGAGAGAGAUGUGAACCAAAAACGCAACUUGCUGGAGAGUCAACGAAUCAAACUGAAGCAUGCCCAAGAUGUGAACAAGACAGACGCAAACAAUGUGGAGGAGUUACAAACAAAGAUAAAGAUGUUUGCAGACGGAAAUAACAAGUUGAAAGUGCAGGUGGAAUCCCUCAGGAAAAGAAUCAAUCUGGUGAUGAAGGAGAAGAAAGAAUACGAAGACAAAUUCAUCAAAGUCUCGCUAGACUUGGAUCACAAGGUGAAGCAGCUGAAAGAAGCAACGUCGUGCCGCACCGGCCUGGAGUCUGCGCUGUCGGAGCUGGAAGUGUCGGCCCAACAACAGCUGCACGGGCUGGCCACACAGUCGGAGGCGGCCAUCGACGCGGCCAAGGACAAACUGACCAUCGCACAGACCAGGCUGGCCCAGUUCCAGUCUAUGGUCAAGAUCCUCGGUGCAGAACUUAUCAGCCGCACAGAUAGAGCCCGGACCAAAAUGAAAGAAGCAAAAGCCAGCCAGGAGCGCUGUCAGAGGGAGGAGGACAUGUCCUUGAUGAGGGCUCAGGACAAGGCGCGGGACAUCCUCAAUCUUAGCCACUCAGACUUGGAGGACAUUAUGAGUGCGGAUGGGGAUAGGGACAGCCAGGAUUCCAUAGGAGGGGAUGACAGGAAGUCGGACAAGAGAUGGUUACGCAAGUGUGAAAAACUGAUGAAUAGCAAGGAGGAUUUUGUCCACCCUUUGAUCAGUCUACUUUUGCAGAAAAUGGAUGAAAGAGCAGAUUUGUUGAUCAAAAUGCCCAGAGGCAUAUAAAAUUGUGAUAUUAUUUUGAUGUUCAAAAGCCUUUUGUAAAGUUAUUACUCAUAGCGUCAGCAAACUGCUGAAAUGUUCCUAAGCCUAGAAAGCAAAACUUUUCAGGAGUGAGAAAAAUUGCAGUUACUUAACCCAAUUCACCCUACAUUGUUGCGGCUGUGCACUUGUGUCCACUUGACUUGUCGCAAGCCUGGGGGAAAUUAGGUCUGAACUUGACCCACUAACAUUAGACAUGCAUUGAGCCAAACUAUUUAAUGUAUCUAUUUUGCUUAGAUAUGACUUAAAAUGUUCUUUUAAUAUUAUUAGAGGGAAAGAUGAAGGAUAGAGCAGAGAAAACAAUAUGUUCUUCAUCAGAUUGCGACUCAUCGGCACUCGAUUUAGCCAGAACAACUUAUAGUAAAUCUAUAUCUAGAUCUAGCUUUUCUUCGAAGUUUUCAAGGCACUAAAAUGGAUCCGAUCACCUUGGGUUUUUUAAAAAUUUACGUCUACUUUCACUUUAUUUGCCGCUUAUGCCUAAAACAAAAUUAAAAACAUGAUUCAUGUAUUUUAUAAACACAAAAAUAGCCGUUUCACUGUUGUUUUUUGUGGCUGUUUUUUUCUUCAUCUUGUCCAUGGAGAUUUCAGUGCUCGCUUUCUUGCCAUGAUUUUCAGUGACAAAACAACAAAGCCAACUCGUACUUGGCGAAAAACUGAAUGAAGAUAAGCAAGCAAAAGUUUUUACAAGCUACAAGCAACCUAUUAUUUUCAAUAGAAACCUGGAUAAGUGGUUCGGACUCGAUUUUGUGGACUGGUAUUUUGCUACGACUAUUGUCGUAGCUCAGUGGACGGAAGCGCAUGGCAGCUAUGAAUACACUUGUAGCUCAGAUGCAGUGGGUUAAAUAAUUUUUCCUUGACUUUUUUAACAUUUAGAAUUUUAAUUUUUACCAAAUAUUCCUUGAUCAGGUGCAGCCAAUAUCACAGGUUAAGAAAUUGUAAUGAAAAAAAAAAAGUUCAGGGCGAAGUACGUUUGAACAGCUCGCUGGCAAUGUUUUUUCGAAUCUAUUUUUAUGUUUUGAAAAUUUAUUUGUUCAUGUUGAUGAGCCAAAAGAACCACUUGCUGCACUAUUUCUAUGGAAUCAAGAUAUUUUCUCUGCAAAUUUUCCUUUUCUCUAAUGUCCAUUACUCCACUUGUGUGGAGGUAUUUAAUCAUCAACAUUCCAGGAGCAAUAAUGUACUGUGUUUUAUCAAUGGCAUUCACUGACUGUAACAAUGGUGGUGGUUGUGUGACUUCGUGCUCUGUAUUUUUUUCUACCCUGAGAUGCUGUGCUCUUUGUGUUGUGUGCUAAAUAUCUACAAGGCAGGUAACUGUAAAGCAUGUACAGUUACUCUUUGUUCAAAAGUUUUCGGUUUUUGGUUUUAUUUAGCUCGGUUUGGUAGCACCAAAUUACUUUUAUUAGCAAAUCAUGUACUGAUCUUUUGUGGGUACCUCUUUGAAAUGAUCAAAUACUUCUUAUUGCUGGAAAAUUACUGAUUUCCCGAAGUAUUGAUUUUAUUUUUCACGUGACAAUCAAUGACAAUGAAUAUAAAGCAUUAAAGCUGUUUUGACGACUGAAGUUUCAAAAA